AAGAUUCAACUCUUCCGUACCCAUAAUUCAACGAUUAAUUCGAAGGAAAUAUCUACCCUUUCUCACGUAUCAUCUCAUUCAUUGCUUGUGUGUGUGUGUGUGUGUGUGUGGCUGGCUUUCUAAAGAACUCUGUGCAUCAGUAUUGAUUUUUGUUGAGAAAUCCUGCUCAUUGAGCUUUGGCGAUGGAUGCGGCCACUUCGUCGAAAGCGGAAAAGAUCGCCAAGACCAACGGAGAUCACAAUGCGGCGUCACAAGUGGGUGACGACUCGAACAAGAAUCGAGGCUGGCCCAAGGGCAAGAAACGAUAUCUGAAGGCACCCGGAGCGCCCAAGCAACCAUUGAGUGGAUACGUUCACUUCCUCAAUGAUCGUCGGGAAUCUCUCCGGAAAGAACAACCGGAUAUUUCUUUCGCCGACAUCAGUAAGAAGCUCGCCGGAGAAUGGUCGACUUUGGGGGCUGAGGAGAAGCAACGCUACCAUGAAAAGGCUGAGCAAGACAAGGAGCGAUACAACAAGGAGUUCAGCGAGUAUCAAGGCACCGAAGACUACAAGAAGCACCUGGAGAACAUCGAACGCAAGGAAAAAGAGGCCAAAGAAGGAGGAGCUCCACCCAAGAAGAAGAGCAAGAAGGCCGAGAAAUUGGCCGCUAGCAAGGCCGCUCCACCCCCAGUGGACGAUGACUCGCGGGAUGAAAGUAACGGUCUGGACUUACCCAUCUUCACGGAGGAGUUCCUGGAGUUCAACAAAGCCCGUGAAGGUGAGCUACGACAACUCAAGAAGCAAGUGGGUGAAAUGGAGGAGCAAAACGCGGUUUUGGGCAAGCACGUAGAGACCAUGAAAUCGGCCAUCGGGAAGCUGGAGAUGGAGACCAAUAUGCAAAAUCAGAACUCUUCAUUAAUUCUGUCGCAUGUGGACGCUUUGAAAUCAGCCGUGGUCCAAUCGCUCAAGGGCGAAGUUCCCCGUGGAGAAAAAGAGCCUGUCACCAUGGACAAUGUGGAUCAAUUCAUGCGCAAAUUGCACAAGAUGCUAGUGGAUAAAUCUUUGCCCAAGUCCGAAGCUCUCAUUGGACACGUCAGAGGUUGCUUUGCUCAGCUCAACUAUCCGCAAACGUCCAUCUCCGAAUCUCUAAAAACUGAACUCUAAAAAGCACUAAUCUUUUUGGAAAAUAAACCAAAUUAGUAGAGGGAAAA